AUGGGCGACGGGAGCUGCAACAAGAAGCACAUAAUUCUCGUCCAUGGCGCUUGCCAUGGAGCAUGGUCUUGGUACAAGGUGACGACCCUGUUGAGGUCCGCUGGGUACCAGGUUACGGUGCCGGACCUCGCGGCCUCCGGCGUCGACGAGCGGCGGUUGGAAGACCUGCGAACGUUCACCGACUACUCCCAGCCGCUCCUGGACAUAUUGGCCUGCCUCCCACCUGGUGAGAGGGUCAUUCUGGUAGGCCACAGCCUCGGAGGCCUCAACAUAGCUCUGGCUAUGGACAGGUUCCCUGAGAAGAUCGCCGCCGCGGUCUUCGUCACCGAUACCCUCGCGCUCUGA